UUUUAGCCAGAGACUAUCACAAGUAUUUUUCAGCAGGACUGUCACUGCCCCUGAACAGGAAUCAUAUUACUGCAAGAACUUUGCUGAAACAAAGAAGAUAUAUUGGACAAAUGGGAAAUUAUAAAUCUAGACCAACCCAGACUUGCACGGAUGAAUGGAAGAAGAAAGUCAGUGAAUCCUAUGCCACAGUCACGGAGCGGCUGGAGGACGACCUGCGAAUCAAGGAGAAGGAGCUGGCAGAGCUGAAGCAUGUUUUCAGGCAACAAAUCACACAUCAGAACUCUCAUGCUGAAAGGGCUGCGCCCAUCCAGACUAACGAGAAAUGGAUUUACAGCUCUGCACUUGGCAGCUUAUAAGGACCAGCCGGAGCUGCUCUCGGCGCUGCUGCACGGCGGGGCUGACAUCCAGCAGGUUGGCUACGGGGCUCUGACCGCCCUGCACGUCGCCUCCAUCGCCGGCCACCACCAGGCUGUGGACCUGCUGCUGCAGCACGGGGCCUUUGUGAACGUGCAGGACGCCGUGUUCUUCACCCCGCUGCACAUCGCUGCCUACUGCGGCCACGAGCAGGUAACUCGCCUCUUACUGAAGUUUGGAGCUGAUGUGAAUGCUAGUGGUGAGGUGGGGGACAGACCUCUCCAUCUGGCUGCUGCCAAAGGCUUUCUCAACAUCACAAAGCUUUUGAUGGAGGAGGGAAGCAAAGCUGAUGUGAACGCUCAGGACAACGAGGAUCACGUUCCUCUGCACUUCUGCUCCCGGUUUGGGCACCACGACAUCGUGAAGUUCUUCCUGCAGAGCAGCUUCGAGGUGCAGCCGCACGUGGUGAACAUCUAUGGGGACACCCCCCUGCACCUCGCCUGCUACAGCGGCAACUUCGACGUGGUCAAGGAAAUAAUUCAGCUCUCGGGAACGGAAAGUCUCACUAAAGAAAAUAUCUUCAGUGAAACAGCUUUCCACAGUGCUUGCACCUAUGGGAAGAACAUAGAACUUGUCAAGUUUCUUCUUGACCAGAAUGUUGUGAGCAUCAAUCAUCAGGGGAGAGAUGGGCACACAGGGCUGCACUCUGCCUGCUACCAUGGCCACAUCCGCCUCGUGCAGUUCCUGCUGGAUAACGGAGCUGACAUGAACCUCGUGGCCUGUGAUCCCAGCAGGUCCAGUGGAGAAAAGGAUGAGCAGACCUGUUUGAUGUGGGCUUAUGAGAAAGGUCACGAUGCAAUUGUGACCCUCCUGAAGCAUUACAAGAGACCUCAGGAUGAAUCCCCCUGCAAUGAAUACUCCCAGCCUGGAGGAGAUGGUUCCUACGUGUCAGUGCCGUCCCCUCUAGGGAAGAUUAAAAGCAUGACAAAAGAAAAGGCCGAUGUGCUCCUGCUCCGGGCUGGUUUGCCGUCCCACUUCCACCUCCAGCUCUCUGAGAUCGAGUUCCACGAGAUUAUCGGCUCAGGGUCUUUUGGAAAAGUCUACAAGGGGCGAUGCAGGAACAAAAUCGUUGCGAUCAAGCGGUACCGAGCCAACACCUACUGCUCCAAGUCGGACGUGGACAUGUUCUGCAGGGAGGUUUCCAUCCUCUGCCGCCUGAACCACCCCUGUGUCAUCCAGUUCGUGGGAGCCUGCCUGGACGACCCCAGCCAGUUUGCCAUUGUCACCCAGUACAUCUCCGGGGGAUCGCUCUUCUCCCUGCUCCACGAGCAGAAGAGAAUUCUUGAUCUGCAGUCCAAAUUAAUCAUUGCUGUAGAUGUGGCCAAGGGCAUGGAGUACCUGCACAACCUCACACAGCCCAUCAUACAUCGGGAUUUGAACAGUCACAAUAUUCUCCUGUAUGAGGAUGGUCACGCAGUAGUUGCUGAUUUUGGAGAAUCUCGAUUUCUGCAAUCCCUGGAUGAAGACAACAUGACAAAACAACCUGGGAACCUGCGCUGGAUGGCCCCGGAGGUGUUCACCCAGUGCACCAGGUACACCAUCAAAGCCGACGUCUUCAGCUACGCUCUGUGCCUCUGGGAGCUGCUCACAGGGGAGAUCCCCUUUGCUCACCUCAAACCAGCAGCAGCAGCAGCAGACAUGGCCUAUCACCAUAUCCGUCCCCCCAUCGGUUACUCCAUCCCCAAGCCCAUCUCUGCCUUGCUGAUGAGGGGCUGGAAUGCCUGUCCUGAGGGGAGACCAGAGUUUUCAGAAGUUGUCACAAAGUUAGAGGAGUGUCUGUGCAAUAUUGAGUUAAUGUCUCCAGCCUCCAGCAACAGCAGCGGGUCCCUGUCGCCCUCGUCCUCCUCGGACUGCCUGGCGGGCCGCGGCGGGCCUGGCCGCAGCCACGUGGCCGCCCUGCGCAGCCGCUUCGAGCUGGAGUACGCGCUCAACGCGCGGGCCUGCGCGGCCUGGCAGCUGGGCACUGGGCAGCCCCCUUCCCAGGGCCUGUCUCUGGAUGACAUGAGAAGGAGCUUCCAGUACCCCCCCGUGGACAAAAACGGUGAGCAGACAGCGUGCUGCCCGGCCAGGUUAUGGUGCUGGCACUGCAGGUGGGGCCCAGGCUCUCGGUGCCAGCUGCAGUGACCCCCUCUGCCCCACAGGGUACGUGUCAGACCCCCUGAGCACCAUGAGGUUCCACCCCUGCAGCAGCAGCCUGGAGGAUAGCAGCUGAGGAGGGAGCAUCCCCCUGCCCAGCCCCAAGUGCCACCCUGAGCAGCCUCAGUGGUGGUGGCAAUGUCCCUGUCCUGCAUUCUGCUUUGCACGUCCCUCAGCUGACCCCGUGCCACCAGCAGCCCUGCAGCAGAGCUCUGACCACUGGGCAUUAAAAAAGAGAACAGAGGCAGGGCAGCAGGAGCUGAGCUCUUCCUCUAGAAGCAAUUACAGAGUUAAUCAUGCUGUUAUUUUCUGGGGUUUUUUACAAAUUAACAAAAUUUGUCUGUAACGCUGGAUGUGUGGCCAAGGCAGGGCUGCCUUCCUGGCUGGGCAGCAAUCAGUGUUUCCCACUGAUGGCAGGGGUCUGUGAUGGUUCUGAGGAUGUUGUUUUUCCAGCCAUGAUCCCUGAAGCAGGUGUGCAAUGAGGCCUCGAGCAGUGUGACAGUGUGAACUGGGACUGCGUGGUGGGCUCUGACAAUGCUUCUGCCAUAGGUUCAGUAGUGCUGAAGUAAUAAAAAUGGGGAAGAUGUCACUGA